UACCUAUCUUGGACCAUAGGAGUUGAAAGUGCUUUCUGCUAGAGAGACUUCCUUGGCGACGCAUCUCCCCGCGCUUUGCGCGCUGGGUGUUGUGGGAAAGGAAAGCGAGACGGGCCUCGGAGGGCAGCUAAAGAGCGAGAGAGAUUCGCAGUUGCGCAGACUUGCCUGUUUUCCAACACAUCCAUUCAUCAGAUGACUUCACCAAAUAAAGCAAUUGAGUUACAGUUGCAAAUACGACAAAAUGCUGAGGAACUUCAAGAUUUUGUGAAAGAUUUAGAAUGCUGGGAGAAGGAUAUUAAAGAAAAAGAUCAUGAUUUAAGGUGUCAGAGUGGAAUUGCAGAAAAAGAUUUACCCCCAAUUCGGAAUGAAGCUUACAAAAAAAGGAAGAGCAAAGUUAAAACUGUCUCAAAAAAAACAACUGAAGAAAACAAAAAGAACAAGAUAAAAUCUUAUGAUUAUGAGGCUUGGGGAAAGCUGGAUGUGGAUAAGAUACUUGAAGAACUUGAUAAGGAAGAUACCACUCAUGACUCAGUGUCAGAUUCUGAAGAAGAUGGAAUUCGCAUAGAUACAGAAAAAGCUCUUGCUGAGAAAGAAAAGGGCAAUACUUAUUUUAAACAAGGAAAUUAUGAUGCUGCAGUAGAAUGCUACACAAAAGGAAUGAAUGCAGAUCCUUACAAUCCAGCUUUGCCUACAAAUAGGGCUUCUGCUUUUUUUCGACUGAAAAAGUUUUCUGUGGCUGAAUCUGAUUGCAAUUUGGCACUUGCCUUAAACAAAAAUUACACAAAGGCUUAUAGCAGAAGAGGGGCAGCUCGCUUUGUUUUGCAAAAUUUUAAGGGUGCCAAAGAAGAUUAUGAAAAGGUUUUGGAAUUAGAUCCAAACAACUUUGAAGCAAAAAAUGAACUUAGGAAAAUUGAACAGGCUCUCUUGUCAAAAGAAAAUUGCCAGCCUGAAGAAACAGAUACCUUUAGAAAACUGGAAAUUGCAGAAGAAGAAUUGAAACAACUGGAGGAGGAGCAGCUGAAGCAAAAGGCUGUGGCAGAAAAAGAUUUGGGUAAUGGGUAUUUCAAAGAAGGCAAAUAUGAAAUAGCAAUAGAAUGCUACACACGUGGAAUAGCAGCAGAUGGCAGCAAUGCACUCCUUCCAGCAAAUAGAGCUAUGGCCUAUCUAAAAAUUCAAAAAUAUGAAGAAGCGGAGGAAGAUUGCACUCAAGCUGUAUUACUUGAUUCUUCAUAUUCUAAAGCCUACGCCAGAAGAGGCACAGCUAGAGCUGCCCUGGGAAAACUGAAAGAAGCUAUGCAAGAUUUUGAAACUGUCUUGAAGCUAGAACCUGGAAAUAAGCAAGCGAUAAACGAAGUAACAAAGCUUAAAAAUGAGUUAAUCGCAAAAGGUUUUUUGUCAGACACGGAAUAUUCUGGACUACCGCAGAAUGAAUCAGAAAUACAAAAUCUGGUAAAACCCAUUGAUAAACCCUUACAUCUAAGAUCAACUAAACCUUUAAGAAGAAUAAACAUUGAGGAAGUCAGUAAUGAUAUGCUAAGUGCAAAUUUGAUGGCCACCAGAGAGCCUGAGCCUAUUCAAUCUGUUUUUGCAAACCCAAAUGCAACACAGGAAUUAGUAUCUGCAAAGAAUCAAAGCAAGAAUUUCUCUUCUCCAUCUGGUACUCCCAAAGCAAAGCUGCUGAAAAUAGAAGAAAUCGGUGAUGCUUUGUUGACUGAAUCUAUCACCACGAACACUGUGAACGAGAAACCAUCGCUUCAGUCCUGUGCUAUAAAAAAGCAAGACAAGAUAGAAAACUACGUUCUUCCUUCUGUGUCUGAAUUUUCUGUACCUCCAGUCCCUGUGAAUUCUUUCCAACUUGAAUCAGAUUUCAGAAAAUUAAAAGGUUACCCUGAUCAGUUGUACACAUAUUUGAAGCAAAUUGAUCCUUCUCUAUAUCCUAAUCUCUUUCAAAAAUCAUUGGAUCCAGAUGUUUUUUGCCAAAUCUUGAAAAUUCUACAGGAUUUUUAUACUAAAGCAUUCUGAAUAUCUAGAAAGCAUAAGAUUUUACCCAAAUAGUGCUCUGGAAUGGAGCAUUCACUGCCUCUUGAAAGAUGUUGUAAAGGUCUUCCCUUCCAUCAAGUUCUCUGUGCAUGUUGGAAAAUUCAACAGAGGCAGACUGGUGACCUUCAUUAAUUGUAGCUUACCAAGGCCAGCCAAACUAUUAAUAUCCUUUUUCAUUUGAGAUGCCAAAAAUUUAAACUUUGGUAAUAUGUAAGAGAAUAAUUAUGCUACAUGAGCUUUUACCACUAUCUUUGGGAAAGGGGUGGUUGCUUUUAAGAGGAAGUUGAAUAUAUUUAGUGUUGUUUAGUAACAACUUGCAAUUAUGUUGCAUACCUGUAUACAAAAGGAGAAAAAGUUUGGUGUGAACAAGAAAUAAAGAUUAGAUGACUAUUUAUUUAAUAUAAAUAGAAUGUUUCCAUUAUCGUGGAUCUGUAAUCUGGAACAGAAAUUUUAGUAGUUGUGCUACUGCGAAUACAGUGGAAUAUUUGCAGUUUAAAGACAACAUCAGGACAUUCUUUUAUUCAAAUAAUUGCAACUUGGGGAAUGCAUAAGCUAACAGAAAAUUCAUCAGUGUGCUUUUGCUUUUCAGGAUAUGACUUUAUUUUUAUCUUAGCAACAAUUAUAAAUUAGAUUUGUAGCUACUUUUAGAGUAUGCAACUGUAUGUAUUCUGUGAAUAUUUUCAAAUAUGCAUUCUAUUUUUCAUUUUUUAGCCAAUAUUGAUUGUGCUUUGUUUAUGCCAUGAAUAUUCCCAAAUAAAAGUA